AAUCACCGCCUUCAGGCUUCAGCCCUUUCGAAACUUGAACAGCUGUGAAGAGGCCCCGCGUCUCCGGCUAAAAAUUUACAAUUUUUGGUCGACGACAACUUGCAAAUCUAACACCAAGCUCAGAGUAUAAAUCUCCAAUCCCUUCUUCGAAGCCAUAGAACGCACAUCGGAUUCUGUUCGUCAUGUUUCUUCGACGAGCUGCAGCAGCAUUGCCUUACUCAAGAAGGUUUCUUGCUGCUAAAAAUACUCACGAUCUUGCAAGUGCCGUCCUGGAGCUGAAUAAGGAAAUGGAAUCUGUCUUUGGUGAACUUCCUUCUGGUGGGCUUAGUGGUUCAGUCAAUAAUGAUUAUAUGGCACAAGAACCACAGUUCAGUUCUCAUGGACUUACGAGUUCUACUAGUAACAACUAUUUGGCUGAGGCUCAAGAGUCGCAAUCUGUAUAUCAGAACGUGAAUCAGAAUGCACCUGCGUUGACUCAUGUUGGUAGUGCAGGAGAAGCACAAAUGGUGGAUGUGUCUCCCAAAGAAGCUAGUAAGAGAACUGCCAUUGCAAGUUGCAAGGUAAUUCUUGGGAAGAAGGUGUUUGAUUUGGUUUCAGCCAACCAAAUGGCAAAAGGAGAUGUCCUUACGGUUGCCAAAAUAGCUGGCAUAAAUGGAGCAAAGAAUACAAGCAGCCUUAUCCCACUUUGUCACAAUAUCACCCUAACUCGUGUUCGUGUAGAUCUAAUACUGAAUCCAAAUGAUUAUAGUGUUGAGAUUGAAGGAGAGGCUGCAUCUACUGGGAAAACAGGUGUUGAAAUGGAGGCAUUGACAGCCGUAACCACAGCUGGCCUGACAGUGUAUGAUAUGUGCAAGGCUGCUUCCAAACAAAUCCAGAUAACAGAAGUACAGCUUGAGUCUAAAACUGGUGGAAAGAGUGGGGUCUGGAAUCGAAAAUUGGCAAUACCAAUUAAUAUGUCCAUAAAAAAUGAGAGAGAGCCAACAAAGGACAAAAAGUUACGGAGGUUUAUCCUCUUAACUCUAAGACAUAUUGAGAGACUGAAUUUACCUGAAAGUAUGGUAAUAGAGAGAGUAUCAUCGUGCUUUACAUGUCGAUCAAUUGUUGUUGCUACUGAGAAACAAUCUGAAGGUGGACUCUGCUUCCGUGUUGGGAUUGUAACCACAGAUGCCAUGAGUGAUACUGCAAAAAAAAGACUUAAAUCUAAGUUUAUGGAAUUCGAAGAAUCUCAGUUUUUUGUCAAGUUUCACAAGGGAUGGGGAAAGAUAUGUGAAAUUAUAACAGGGCAAGACAAACAUCCAAGUGUUUGGGGGCACUAUGCCUUGGAAGAAAUAUUGGAGCUAGGUCGAGCUAGUAGGUAUCAUAGGAGGAUCCAGAUGGAGAGGAGCAGCAGCUGUUGAAGCAACAUAUGUGGGAAUGAGUGUGGUUAAGUGAUGCAGGGAGGACUUAAGGAGCAAUGAGUUUUUGGAAGAAGAAUAUACAACUGUUGAUGAGUGAUGUCAGUUUAAUGCAUUACAUCUGUGUGAAAGAUCAGGUACUUUAUUUCUCUGUUUUGUGAUGUUUAAUGGUAGAAAGAAGUAUCAUUAUCAGCUUUUAUUGCAAACUUUAAAAUUUACUGUUUUUGGCUUCUGAACAUGCCAAGGAUGAGCUCUUUAAACUAAAUGCUUCGGAGGAUAUACUGCCUAGGAAGCAAGGUGAUGAAGGUUAACCGCUAUGGAUGAUGGAUAGAUUAAAUUUAUAACAUGCAUAGCAAACAUAUGAUAUUUAUAUAUUAUCUUAUCUCUAGUAUUUUAUCUGA